CCAGGUGUGUGUGUGUGAGCCCCUCCCCCUUUAUCUCUAACCUCACCCACGUGGCAUAUUGUAUCAAGGGUAGAGAGCUAGAGACAGAUGUCUUCAUCAUGAGUAUAUACUGCUCACGGCUUGUCUGGACCGCCAGCAGACUUACCAGAGUUCAACUAUGUACUGUUGGGCGUCUAGUCAGCACACGAUACCACCACUCGAGAUCAGUGCUGCUGCAACCACACUACUCUAGUCUCACGUCUAAACCAAGUGUCAGGGGAGAUAUCCUGUGUAGACGAAGCUUAGCAACAAACGCUGACAAGAGAGGGCCUGUGUCAUGGCUGUCCUUUGCUCUGGUGAUGGUGGCAGGAGGAGCUAUCGUGUUGUAUGUAAGAAUGAUCAAGAGGGAGAAGGAGGAACUGGCUAAACAGAAGAAGGUCCAAUCGAUGGGCAAGGCUGCUCUCGGAGGUCCCUUCUCUCUCAUCGAUUUCAAUGGGGAACGGAAGACAGACAAGGACUUCCUGGGUCAGUGGGUGCUACUCUACUUUGGAUUCACUUUCUGUCCCGACAUUUGUCCUGAUGAGCUGGAGAAAAUGGCCACAGUGGUCGACGAAGUUGGGAAAAUGGAUGGUCUGUUUCAGAUACAGCCGCUGUUUAUCACUGUGGACCCUGAGAGAGACACUGCCACUGUCAUGAAAGAGUACCUAAAAGAGUUCCAUCCUCGGCUGCUGGGGAUGACUGGAACUAAAGAGGAGCUCCACGAAGCUGCCAAGUCUUACAGGGUCUACUACAGUGUGGGACCUGCAGACUCUGACAAUGACUAUCUGGUGGACCACACCAUCAUCAUGUACCUGGUGAGUCCUGACGGGAGCUUUGUGGACUACUUUGGACAGAAUCGCACGGCCCAAGAGAUUACAGCCACCAUAGCCAAUCACAUGCUCAAGCACAAACACACAAAGUAGUGGAACUGUUAUAAAAGUCAUUCAAUGUCUCAAUAACAAAUGCUGCUCUGAAAUUACAUAUUUUUGAACAAUGAAUUUAAUUA